AUGGAGACAUGUGGUUCAGAAGCACAGACACAGACUUCGGAGAUUCCUAUUCAGCUCUCGCGAGAUUUCGUUUUCCGGAAACGCUGGAGGCCCUUCUCGGUCAGCGUCGUCGACAUGUGUGGGGACUGUGUGGAGACGGAGUAUCCUAACAGGGCACCUGUCACCCUGGAGAGGCCUGUGGCUGUCUGUGCUUUCUUGUUCCCACCCUGGCGGCUGACAUCAGCCGUCAUGUCAUCAGAUCUGUGUAAGAACUGUCAUCACGUAAUAGCCAGGCAUGAGUAUACAUUCAGUAUCAUGGAUGAAUUUCAGGAGUAUACCAUGCUGUGUCUGUUAUGUGGCAAAGCAGAAGAUUCCAUCAGCAUUCUCCCUGAUGACCCCCGACAAAUGACUCUGUUAUUCUAAGGACCAUUCUGUAGUUCUUUUUUCACUGUGGUGGGUUGGUCUACAAUAUAGCAAGCCUGAUGGUUUGUCUCAGUUUAUAAUGAAAA